GGGAGGAGCAGCAGCAGCAGCGGCGGCAAGCGCGGCGGCGGCCCCAGGCAGCUCUCCGUUGUCCCGGGCGGCGGCAGGAGGAUGCAGCCGAGUCCAGCGGCCACCCACAGCUCCACACCUCCUGCCUCCGCCACCGCAGCGCCCCGGCCACGCGGACCAUGUGGCUGCGCCGGGUUCCGCUAGGGGCAAGCAGGGAUGAGUAGCUCUUGUCAAAGAUGCACUGGACACCAGAGCAUGCUCAGCCCCUGAAUCAGUGGCCGGAGCAGCACCUUGAUGUCUCCUCCACCACCUCCUCACCUGCCCACAAGUCUGACCUCUACCACAGCAGCCGGCAGCGGUUCAACUAUGCGUGGGCCAAUGAUGACAUCUCUGCGCUGACUGCGUCCAACCUCCUGAAGAGGUAUGCUGAGAAGUACUCUGGAGUACUGGACUCUCCCUAUGACAGGCCAUCAGCACUCAACACCUAUGGGGACGGCGCCUUUGGGCCCCUCAAUGGCCAGAAGGGGGAGAUGGAGCCUUGGCCAAUGGCACACAGCUCAGAAGGGGCCUACCCUCUGACUCCAAUGCACGAUGGAUUGCCUAGCUCCAAGGGGAUUGUCCCUCCUGCGGUCACCCCGGGUAAUGGACUUGGUACCUCCCCUGUGGUCUCUAGCAAUCUCUCUGAUUCCAUUUAUCCCAGUAACUCUUGUGGGGGACCCACCACUUCUGGCAGUCUGGGGCCAUCUCAGGAGUAUCCUUCAGGCUACAGUGGGGCCUACCUGCCAUCAGGCUACUGCAGCCAGCCCACUUCAGCGCUUCCUCCUCCACACCCAUCCACCUUGCAUAGCUCAGGCCUCCUACAGCCCAGCCAUCCUUCCACCACUCUUGUCCCUGGCUACAGCUCCUCAGGACCCAUGUACAACUACGCCUCAGGCAGCUACCCACCACAGCCUGGCUACGGCACCAUCCACCCUCCCCACCCAUCGGCCUCCUAUUUGCCCUCAGGCAUUGCUGCCCCCACACCCAUUCCCCCUUCCUCACGCCCCCCUGUGGUCCCUGGGUACAGCUACCAGAGCCCCCUCACUGUGCCACCCCUCAGUGCUGAGUCAGGGAGCUCUUUGAAAAGGAAAGCCUUUGAUAUCGCCGGAGGGGAGGAGGAUAGUGAAGGCAGGUAUCGCAAAUACAGCUAUGAGCAACCAAAGUCUCCAUAUCAGAUGUCCGACAGUGGUGAAUGUAGAGGGAAUGGGUUCAACCGAAGCUCUGAGGUGCCUUUCAAGGGUGGGAAAAGGCCAGCAGGAGCAGGAGUGGCAGCAACAACUGUGGCUUCGGAGGAACCUGUUGGGAAAUACAGUAGCCAGUCCAUGAAAGGACUCGUCUCUCCAGCUUACAAUGUUGGUGAGGCCCCACUGAGACCUAGCGAAAGCUUUGAGAAGUUCCCUCCUCCAACUGCCAAUGGUGAGCAUGGGGGAGACUCCUUUGCCCUCCGGAUGCAGCCCAAACCGCCAACCUUCAGUAGUGACAAUAGCAGUCAGACAGUAGAAGAGCAGCUGAAAACCAUGGACCCUUUUGUUUUGGAGCUGGUAAACAGCAAGAUAAUUGACUGCGGCCCUCCAGUCCAAUGGACAGACAUCGCUGGACAAGUCUCGGUCAAAGCUGCCAUAGAGGAAGAGCUGGUGUGGCCCAUCCUGAGACCAGGUGCUUAUACUGGGACAAGCCGACCACCCAAGACCAUCCUGCUAUUUGGGCCUCGUGGCGUAGGGAAGACCCUGCUGAGCAGGUGUAUUUCUACCCAGCUGGGAUCUACCCUGCUGAAGCUCAGUGGGUCAGCGUUGGUCUCCAAGUGGAAGGCGGAAGCUGAGAAGAUCCUACAGACCACAUUCUUUGUGGCCAACUGUCGUCAGCCUUCUGUUGUUCUCCUCACUGACAUGGAUUCCCUCCUGGAAGACGCCACCAUCCUGAAGUCCCAGCUUCUUUCCUACUUGGAUAACCUUGCUACCUCAGGCGAGCAGAAUGUGGUUGUUAUAGCAACCACCACCCGGCCUGGCAACCUGGAUGAAGCCACCCAGAGGAGAUUUGCCAAGCGUUUCUACAUCUCCCCACCAGACAGUAUUGCUAGGCGGCAGAUCCUGCACCAUGCCUUGGCCCAACAAAACUACUGCCUCAAUGAGAGGGAGAUGGCCUCUGUUGUGCAGCUGACCGAGAGCUACUCUGGCAGCGAGCUCCUUCAGCUUUGUCAGCAGGCGGGGGCCAACAAGUUGCACAGCCUGCCAGGCCAGCUUCAGCCCACCUCCUACAAGGAUUUUGAAAGUAUUUUCUGCAAGAUCCACCCUGCAGUCUCUCAGAAGGAGCUGGACUUGUACGUGGAAUGGGAUAAAAUGUAUGGGUCUCAGCAUUAGUGGAGAGUGGCUUUAGCGUCUUCUGCAUCAUCUCGGGUCUCUUGAGUGGGAGACGCUUGGGAGCUUUGUGGGUUGUUGUUUUCCCUCUUUCUUGCUACUAAAGCUUGGUUGCUCUGAGAAAUCGCAUGCCACCUGCCGAUAAGAACGGAGAACGGUGAGGAGUCAUUCUUGGCUCUUAGAAAGCCCCUCUUGUGGAUGCAAGAACUUCCCUAGGUUGAUUUACGUACAUUUUUGUUUUCUAAAAAUGUCUGAAAGUUUGACUGUGUGGUGGUUGUUGGGUCUCUAUGUUAAUGGAAAGUAGUUGCUCAAUGAACUCAGGAUAACCUAUUUAUUAUUAAUCUGUUUUCCCAGCCAUCCCUUUCCAUACCAGCAUUGUAAAGUAUUUGACCAGGUAUUAUCCCCUUCCCUACUCCUUUUUAAGACUGCACCCCCUGAAUAUUUCUAUUUGGUCCUUAACUUCUAUGAGUAUGGCACUAUGAGUCAUUCGGUGCAUACAGAUGCAUUUCCAGGGGAAAUAUCUUACCCUUGAUGUUGUUUGAAGCCAUCAAGUGCAGCAUUAUUAAAGCAAAUGGCAUCAACGAGUAUUGAGGAAAGGGGUUUUGGAAUUUUUUUUAAAAUGUAGAUUGUUUAAUAAACUAGCCUCCUUUUUAUUUUUGUAAUGUAUGUAGUAGUGGGUUUUUUUCUUUUUUUUUAACUACUCAGGAAAAAUAAUUUACCUCAAAACAAAAAGAAUGUUUUUUUUUAACUCAAGGAAAAUUAAAAAUGAUCUGGAGGGAUUACAAAUAAGCUUUAAUGCAUAUUUGAUUCCCAUAUUAAAACAAAAGAAAAGGAAAAAAAAGCAAGAAUAAACUUGAAGUUGUUACAAAGAUGAAAGUUGAAUGUAUUUCAGGGGCAUUUCACAAUAUAUUAUGCCAUAACUUUAUUUUUAUUUUUUAAGAAAGCAUUUUUACCAUAGCAUUUUGGUGGAGUAAUGUGUCUUCAAAGGGUAAGAAGUAUUAGUGCUGUAGUUUUAAAGCCAUGGCUAGUACUACUUUUUGGAGGAAUCCUUCCAUUACAUUUCCAGACUCUGGGUUGCCAAAC